CAUUAACUCAUCUGUCAAUUAAGCAUCACAACAAAAUUCCCAAAACAUGAAAGAAAUAGCCUCAGAAACGCCGCCGCCCUCCGGCAACCCCACGGCGGACGACGGCUUGUCGAGCUACGUAACUGUCGAAGGAAUCCACUUAAAUUUACCUCGCGCGGCGGGGGACUGUUCUCCGGCACCCCACGGCGGCCGUUUCCCCGUCAGAAUCACCGUUCGCGUAAUCCACCCCUCUCCUCCCAAUCCUAAACCUCUCUCGUUUCUUCAAAGCGUUCUACGGUACAAAACCGCCUACGAGUUUCGGCUGAGCCGCGGCGGCGGCGGCAAUUCCUCCAACUGGUCGGUCGACCUCAUGAACGUCACUUAUAGCCUCCGCGGAGUCGAAAUCGUUAACUGGUUGGUCGACCACAUGAACUUACCUUUCAGCCUCAGCGGAGUGAAACUUCUGUGGAAGGGCUUUUCCACCACGAAUAAGGACGACUAUCUGGUACCCGUCCUUAACUGCGUUUCGGGACCCAGUAAAGAAUGGUGUAAUCAGUUAUCCGUCGCUGACGGGAAAACCGUUUCCAAAACCAGCGACGGGCGUGAGAUGCCCGUCGCUGACUGGGACAACAUGACCGUCCUCAUCCACGAGUUUCUCCGGAAUGUGACGGCCGGAGAAAAUCGUGUACCCGGGAUUAGUGAUUUGAGGAUUACAAAGUACGCCAUUUUGGGGGAGGACGAGAGAAAAGCUAUUAUUAAGAGGAGGAAUGGGGAUGAUGUUGGGAGGAACUGGAAGGAAUCGGUGUUUGGGCUGCCGCAGAGGGUGAUGGAGCUCCGGAUGAAGGCGGUGGUCGAGAAGGCUAUAGAGAGGGUGGCGAUGGAAGACUGCGGCGGCGAGGCCGUGACUUGCGGAGUUUGUUUGGGGGAUUUGUGGGAUGGUUCGGUGGUGGCGGGGUUGGCCGGUUGCUUGCACCGCUUCCAUGAGCGUUGCAUCGUGGAGUGGUUGGUGCGCAAUAUGUCUUGCCCGUAUUGCCGCUCCCCUAUUCCGAUCUCCGCCGCCGUGCAACACAAUGGAUGAUUUUGGAUUUUUAGUUUCCCUUUUGUUUUCCUGGUUGUGUAACACGAUUUUGAAUGUCUUUUUUUUUUUUUGCGUAAAUUUAAGAAAAAUAUUUUUGUUUUGAUUUUUCGAAAAUAUCUUUGAUGUGAUGGGUAGCUUAUUAGUAAAAGGAAAAAUUACCUAAAAUAAUCUCAACUUUACCCGGUCUUUCAAAAAUAAUCCCACCUUUCACUGUGAUGCAUAAUAAUCCCAACUUUACUGAAAUUUUCUAGUUUUGGGUCGCCGUUAAGUUUCUAACGGAGGGUUAACGGAAAUGCCCGUUUUAGGCAACAAAAUGAAAGUUGGGAUUAUUUUGGAUGAAUUUUGUUUUUUUUUUUUUUUUUUAAAAUUUUUCAUUUAAAUUUUUUAAAUUACUUUCUACCUCCAUCAUCAUUUCUUUUUCCUUUUUUAAAUAUUAGUCUUAGUUUAA